AUGCCUGCAAAAACAUCUCUCCAGCCACGAGGUCUUAACCAUCAUGCCUAUGCCACCUUGAAUAUGGACGAAACGCACCACUUCUGGACUGAAGUCAUGGGUUGCAAGUUUUUGGGCGCGUAUGCCUUCCAGGAAUCCGGCCACGAUAAGCCUAUUCCAGACUCCUACGUGCAUAGUCUCUAUGGCAUGUCUGACGGCUCAGCAUUGGCUUUCUUCGAACUGGGCCAUGGUUAUGAGAAGAAAGACGACGGAAUCCCCAAAUACACAAAGCAUCUUGCUCUGAGCUGUGAUAGCAAGGAGCAGGUGAAACAAUGGCAUGAAAAUUUCACUGCGCACGGCCUCGAAGUUAUAGGAGAAAUUGACCACGAGGGAAUGUGGCUCUCGAUUUAUGUGACUGACCCUUCUGGCCUCGUUAUCGAACUUACGCAUCAAUCGCACACGUUUGACGAUAACGAUGCCGCAGAGGGGUUGGAGGUUUUGAGACAGUGGCGGAAGGAUAAAAUUGCUUUGAAGCAGUGA